AUGACCUUCAAACUCCCCUUCAGCGCAGAAAAUCUGCCAAAACAACUAUUCAUCAAUAACGAGUACGUCGACUCGACCAACCCCAAGAAAAUCGAGGUCUUCAACCCCAAGAACGGCAAGCUCGUCGCCAACGACGUCAGCCUGGCCGGCGAGCAGGACGUCGACGCCGCCGUCGCCGCCGGUGCUGAAGCCUUCAAGACGUGGCGCAAGUCCACCGCCAGACAACGCCGCGACUGCCUCAACAAGCUGGCCGAUCUCAUCGACGAGAAUGCCGAAACGCUGUCUGCCCUGACCCGCCUGACGCUCGGUGCGCCCUGGGAGUCGUUCGGUGUCUUUGAGCUGGGCCUCGCCGCCGAGAGCUUUCGGUACUUCGCCGGCUGGACGGAUAAGUUUUCCGGGGAGACGUAUCCGCAGGAGGACGGUUUCCUCAAGAUUGUCAGGAACGAGCCCCUCGGCGUGUGCGCCGGCAUCAUCCCCUGGAACGGGCCCAUGGGCAACGUAGGCAUGAAGGCUGGGCCGGCGCUGGCAACGGGAAACGUCUUCAUCCUCAAGCCCUCGGAGAAGACCCCGUUCGCCGCCCUGGCCGUGGGGGCCCUCAUCAAGGAGGCUGGCUUCCCCCCCGGGGUGUUCCAGAUCGUCUCCGGCGACGGCAGCACGGGGGCCCUGUUCGCCAGCCACAUGAAGGUCCGCAAGGUCAGCUUCACCGGCUCGACGGCGACGGGGCGGCGCAUCCAGGAGAUGGCUGCCAAGUCCAACCUCAAGCGCGUGACUCUGGAGCUGGGGGGCAAGAGCCCGGCUGUCGUGUUCGACGAUGCCGACUUGGAUAAUGCAGUCCAGUGGUGCGCGAACGCAAUCACGGCCAAUACUGGCCAGGUGUGCUUCGCCGCGAGCCGUGUGUAUGUGCAGGAGGGCAUCUACGAUAAGUUCGUAGCCGCUUACAAGGCAGAAAUGGGCCGCAGGGCGCAGACAGCUGGUGAUCCAGAUGCCAAGGGCACGAUCAUGGGACCUCUUGUAGACCAGUCCCAGUUUGAUCGGGUCAUGGGUUUCCUUGAGCGUGGAAAGACGCAAGGAAACGUCCUCGUCGGGGGCGGUCGAAUUGGAUCCGAGGGCUUCUUUGUCCAGCCGACCAUCUUUGAGGGCGUGGCUGAGGAUUCCGAAGUUUGCAAGCAGGAGAUCUUCGGCCCCGUCUCCAUCCUGAACAAGUUCAAGACCGAGGAGGAGAUUAUCGAGAAGGCCAACGACACAGAAUAUGGUCUCAUGGCCGGUGUCUUCACCCAGGAUAUCAACCGUGCUCUUCGCUUGGCAUCAGACUUUGAUGCUGGGAUGGUUGGCAUCAACGCCAUCAGUAUAUGCUUCUUGAAUGCUCCGUUUGGCGGCACCAAGACGUCUGGCCUUGGUAGAGAGAAUGCCAUUGACGCGCUGCGCAUGUUCACGGACAAGAAGACGGUUUUUGUCAAUAUGGCCAAGUUAUAA